AUGCCAAUACUAGACUCCGAUCCCGCCAAUGGGUUAGACAACUAUGACGUUGCUGACCUCUCUGACGAUCCUUUCGCAUCUCCCCCACCUGAAGCAUCCAACAAGAAGCGCAAGGAACCUGAUUCGGGCCUUGGAAUUGAUGAAGAAGUUGAUGUCAAGAAACGCGCCCGAGCUCCCAAUGUCAAGCUUGAUGAAGACAGACUCCUUGGACCUAAAGGAAUACCCAAACUAAGGCAAAGAGCACGAGACCUUAAGAUCAAAGGCAAAGGCCACGAGUUUUCAGAUGCCUCGCGACUCCUAUCCUUCUAUCAAUUAUGGCUCGAUGACCUAUUCCCGAAAGCCAAGUUCCUCGACGCUCUCAGCAUGGUCGAAAAAGCAGGUCACAAAAAGCGAGUUAUGAUUGCGCGCAACGAAUACAUCAACGAAAGUAAACCCAAGGAUACUGUGACUGAUGAUGAAGAGGUUGACCUCCUCGGUCGAGAUAGCACAUCGAGACCUACGGAUGAAGCGACUACGAGAACACAAGUGACUGAGAGACUAAGAACGCCAGAGCCUAGCCGAGACAUACCAGAUGAUGAUGAUCUAUAUGACGCCACACCCAGGCCAUCUCGGCCGAUUGUGCCUAUUCGAAACGACGUUCCUGAGGAAGUCGAUAUCGAGGCCCUAAUCGCCGAGAGCCAAGAUCAGACACCAAAAAGAGAUGGCCAGAUACAGAUAGAGAACAGCGAAAGCGGGAACCCCUACGAAGACGAGGAAGCAGCAAUGCAGGAAAUGGAAGGGCUAUGGUAG